CAUAAAACCACAUCAUUACUAUCCACAUCCAUAUUCCUACCAAUAUAUGCAAUUAUGGAGAAAGCUUUCUUCUCUUUUCUCUUGUUGCUUCAGUACUAUAUUAUAAGUAGUUCGGCCAUGACCCAACUUAACAUCUCCACUGACCAAUUAGCUCUCCUUUCCCUGAAAUCUCAAAUCAUUUCAGACCCCUUUCAUUACUUGGAUGAAAGUUGGUCUCCAGCUACAUCUGUUUGCCAUUGGGUUGGAAUCACUUGUGGCUCCCGUCACCUGUGAGUGACGUCCUUGAAUCUUUCCAACAUGGCUCUUACGGGCGUAAUACCCCGUGAACUUAGGAACCUAACAUUUCUUGUUUAUCUUGACUUGGGAAGCAACAAUUUCCAUGGAAAUUUGCCUCAAGAAAUGACACACUUGCAUCGACUUAAGGUUCUUGAUUUGAGUAUCAACAGCUUCAGCGGGGAGGUUCCCUCUUGGUUUGGGUUUUUACACCAACUUCAAGUACUAAACCUUGGAAAUAAUAGUUUCACUGGUUCCAUCCCUUGUUCAUUUUCUAAUGUUUCCACACAUGAGACUUUGAAUCUGAAUUUCAAUUCCAUAGAGGGCCAAAUACCAAAAGUGAUUGGAAGUCUUUUAAACCUUAAAGUGUUAAACUUGAAGGGUAACAAGCUCGUUGGCUUUAUUCAUAUGUCACUAUCGAAUGCCUCAAGGUUGGAGUCUUUGGAGAUAUCUUAUAAUUCACUUCAAGGAAACAUCCUAGAGUGGAUCGGAAAUCUUCACAAACAUGAAAGUGCUAUCCAUACAAGCUAAUCAACUUACGGGUUCUAUACCUUUCAUAAUUUUCAAUAUUUCAAGAAUUUAAGUCAUUGCAUUUGCCGACAAUAGCGUAUCAGGAUAUCUUCCCAAUGGUUUAUGCAAUGAUCUCUCAAUACUCAAAGGGCUUCAUUUAUCCAAAAACAAGCUUCACGGUCAUAUGCCUACAAGCUUAUCAAAUUGUUCACAACUUCAAAUUUUGUCAUUAUCGGAUAAUGAGUUUGAUGGACCAAUACAUAGUGAAAUUGGAAGAUUGAGUAACUUGCAGACAUUUUUUCUAGGAUUUAACCAUUUCAAUGGGAUGAUUCCACAAGAAAUUGGAAAUCUUGUUAAUUUGGCGGAGUUAGCCAUGGAGAUAAACCAGAUUACCGGCCUUGUCCCGAUCUCCAUAUUAAAUAUCUCAUCACUGCAAAUUUUGUCACUGUCGAUGAACUACUUUAGUGGAUUCUUACCAUAGGAAAUUGGCAACUUAACCAAGAUGCAGAAUCUACAGCUUGGUGACAAUAAGCUUAUCGGUGAAAUACCCAAAGAGAUAAGCAAUCUUGUUGAGUUGGAGGUACUUGAUCUUUCGGGCAAUAGUUUUAGUGGUUCACUUGAUAUGGAGAUCUUCAACAUAUCAGGGCUGAGAGUGAUUUCUAUUUCAAACAAUAAUCUAUCAGGAAGCCUCCCACCAAACAUGUGUUCUAUCUUACCCAACAUUGAAAAGAUUUAUCUGAACGACUUAACCAAUCUUGUUGGGACUAUUCCUCAUUCUAUCUCCAAUUGUUCAGAACUUACUAUUCUAGAGCUUUCUAACAACCAACUCACUGGCUUGAUUCCCAAUUCUCUUGGACAUUUGGCUCAUCUACAGUUCCUAAACUUGGAGAGAAACAAUUUAACAAGCGAUUCAACGUUAAGCUUUCUGAUUUCCUUAACCAGUUGCAGAAAUUUAACAUUUCUAUCUGUAUAUUUGAAUCCUCUAAACGGCAUGCUUCCUGCCUCCACGGGGAACCUUUCCACCUCUCUUAGAACAUUUGUCGCCGACAUUUGCAGAAUCAAAGGGCGAAUUCCUAAUGAGGUUGGGAACUUAAGCAGCUUAUUAGACCUUAGCCUUUCUGGAAACAACUUGGUCGGAUCGAUUCCAACAUCAAUUGGCAAUUUGAGAGACCUUCAGCGGUUCAACUUGAGUAGCAACAAAUUUACAGGAUUUAUUGGAGAUCAUAUAUGUAAAUUGCAGCAUCUGGGUGAUAUUUACUUGGAUCAAAAUCAACUUUCAGGAUCUCUUCCUAAUUGUUUAGGGAAUAUUACUUCCCUUAGGGAGAUACAUCUCGGUUCCAAUAAAUUGAGUUCCAAUAUACCACCAAGCUUAGGGAACCUUCAAGAUCUAGUGGUUCUUGACUUAUCGUCAAACAACAUGGUAGGUUCUUUACCUCCAGAAAUUGGAAAUCUAACGGCUGCGACACUGAUAGAUCUGUCAAUGAAUCAAUUCUCAAAUGGAAUUCCUACAGAAAUUGGAGGCUUGCAAAAUCUGGUAAACCUUUCUUUGAGACACAACAAGUUACAAGGAGCUAUACCUGACUCAAUGAGCAACAUGGUAGGUUUGGAAUUCCUACACCUUUCUCACAAUAAUAUAUCUGGAAUCAUUCCUAAGUUUUUGGAGAAACUUCAAAACUUGAAGUAUUUCAAUGUUUCUGUCAACAAAUUGUAUGGUGAAAUACCCUAUGGGGGUCCUUUCAAGAAUCUCUCGAGUCAGUUUUUCAUCCACAAUGAAGCAUUGUGUGGUUCUUCAAGAUUUCGGGUCCCGCCAUGCCCCACUUCAUCAAAGAACAAAUCAAAUAGGGAAAAAUUGCUUGUUCUUUUUCUUUUGCUCGCAAUUACAGUUGUAUUUGUUACUAUGGCCUUUGUGCUCCUAUGGAUAAGGUAUAAAGAGGUAAAAGUGCGCCUCAACAAGCUGAUUCAUUGUCUGCCGUAACACGAGAAAGAAUUUCAUACUAUGAACUGCUCCAAGCAACGGAUGACCUUAGUGAGAGUAAUCUGAUUGGUUUUGGAAGUUCUGGCUCUGUUUACACAGGUGUUCUCAGAAGUGGAACUGCCAUUGCAGUUUAAGUGUUCAACCCGCAACUGGAUGCGGCAUUCAAGAGUUUUGAUACAGAAUGUGAAGUUUUGCGUAGCCUUCACCAUAGGAAUCUCGUAAAAGUCAUUACUAGUUGUUCCAAUCUUGAUUUUAAGGCUUUAGUUCUUGAUUAUAUGCCUAAUGGGAGUCUUGAGUUGUAUUUGUAUUCGCACAACUACUUCCUCGACAUCAAGCAGAGACUAGGCAUAAUGAUAGAUGUGGCAUGUGGUUUGGAAUAUCUUCACCAUGGGUGCUCGUUGCCUGUGAUUCACUGUGAUGUGAAGCCUAGUAACGUCUUGCUGGAUGAAGAUAGGGUUGCCCACCUCAGCGACUUUGGCAUUUCAAAACUGCUUGGUGAAGAUCAGGGUGAUUUGUACACUAAAACCUUAGCAACAUUCGGGUAUAUUGCACCGGGUACGUCUCUUUGUUUUGCUAAUUUAUUGAACAUUGAUUAUUCCUUUCUUUUUUUCCAACCUAGAAAGCAUAUUGCAUCUUUAAAUGAAUUGUCCGACUGUAGAGUAUGGACUGGAAGGACUAGUGUCAACAAAGUGUGACGUCUAUAGUUAUGGGGUCAUGUUGCUGGAAACGUUUACUAAGAGAAAGCCUAAUGAGUUUGAGGGAGAUCUUAGCUUGAAGCAAUGGGUGAGUCAUUCACUUCCAGAUGCCGUCAUGGAGGUCGUAGAUGCCAACUUGUUAACAUCAACUGGUAAUUGCUUAAAUAAGGAGCGAGAUGGUGUGGCAUCAAUCAUGAAAGUUGCAUUAGAUUGUUGUAACGAAUCUCCAACAAGAAGAACCAACAUGAAAGAUGUUGUAAGGAUCCUACAGAAGAUCAAGAUUCAACUUCUAGCAUGUUGAGCAUGUUGUUGGAAUUGUUCCAAAUAAUUUGUUUGCUGCAAAUAUUUGAUUAGUUUUGGAUUCCUGUAAUAUUGCUUCUUUCUUUUUUGUUUUAGCACUUUAUUUCUGCAUGAUUCUGUUUUCAGAAAUUCUAGCGGUUUGAAUAAAUCUCACUAUUUCCUUUUAACAAAAACUAAAUUGAUCAUCAAAAUAGAAUGAUUUAUUUUUGUAAGUGUUAAAAGGGAUAUUAACAUGUUGGAGUGUGACAUAUCCCAAUUUCUGCUUCCUCUCC